CGGGGGCGUCGCCGGCGGAGCGGGGCCGGAAUCGGGGCCGGGUUUGGGAUCGGGACUGGGAUCGGGACCGGGACGGAGCGGAACCGCCGCCGCCGCCGCGAUGACGAUGAACGCGGACCUGCGGAGGGAACGCGCCGCCGCCACCUUCCAGCCCCUGCUGCUCACGCACAUCCUGGACGGCGGCCCCGAGCGCACCCGCCGCCGCAAGGAGAUCGAGGCCUUAGUUCUUAAUGACCCUGACUUCCAGCAUGAGGAUUUGAACUUCCUGUCCCGUAGCCAACGCUAUGAGCAAGCCAUCAGGAAGAGCUCCUUGAUGGUGAUGAAGUUAAGGGAAUAUGGAAUUGCAGAUCCUGAAGAGAUCUUCUGGUUUAAAAGCUUUGUUCACCGUGGACGGCCUGAGCCUCUGGACCUUCAUCUGGGCAUGUUCCUCCCCACCCUUCUCACCCAGGCAACCCCAGAGCAGCAGGAUCGCUUCUUCAUGCCUGCCUGGAACCUGGAGAUCAUUGGCACUUAUGCCCAGACUGAAAUGGGCCAUGGGACUCACCUUCGGGGUCUAGAGACUACAGCCACUUACGACCCUGCCACGCAGGAGUUCAUUCUCAACAGCCCCACUGUCACCUCCAUUAAGUGGUGGCCAGGUGGACUUGGGAAGACGUCAAACCACGCCAUCGUUCUGGCCCAGCUCUAUACCCAGGGCCAGUGCAAAGGGCUGCACGCCUUCAUUGUUCCCAUCAGGCAGCUGGGCACCCAUGAACCUCUACCAGGUAUUACAGUGGGUGACAUUGGCCCGAAAUUUGGCUAUGAUGAAAUGGAUAACGGCUACCUGAAAAUGGACAACUUCCGAAUUCCUCGGGAGAACAUGCUGAUGAAAUAUGCUCAGGUUGAGCCAGAUGGUACCUAUGUGAAGCCUGUCAGUGACAAGCUGACCUAUGGGACCAUGGUGUUCAUCCGCUCCCUCAUCGUGGGUGACUCUGCUCGCUCGCUGUCCCGCGCCUGUACCAUCGCCAUCCGCUACAGCGCCGUGAGACACCAGUCUGAGCUGAAGCCAGGGGAACCAGAACCCCAGAUCCUGGAUUAUCAGACCCAACAAUACAAACUCUUUCCUCUCCUGGCAACAGCAUAUGCUUUCCAUUUUGUGGGAGCCUACAUAAAAGACACCUACCAUCGUAUUAGUGGGGACAUCAAUGAAGGGGACCUGAGUGAGCUGCCAGAGCUCCACGCGCUGACAGCGGGGCUGAAGGCCUUCACUUCCUGGACUGCCAAUGCUGGCAUUGAGGAAUGUCGGAUGGCCUGUGGUGGGCACGGCUACUCCCGCUGCAGUGGCAUUCCUGACAUCUACGUCACCUUCACCCCGUCCUGCACCUACGAGGGAGAAAACACGGUCAUGAUGCUGCAGACAGCCAGAUUCCUUGUCAAAAGCUACACCCAGGUUAGCUCUGGGCAGCAGGUCACUGGCAUGGUGUCCUACCUGAAUGACCUCUCCAGGCAGCGCAUUCAGCCACAGCACGUGGCUGCCAGGACCGUGACCGUGCGGAUCAACGACCCUGUCAGCUUGGUGGAGGCUUACAAGGCACGUGCUGCCCGACUUGUAGAAGCUGCAGCAAAGAAUUUGCAAGCUGAGCUGAACCACAGAAAGAGCAAGGAGGACGCCUGGAACAGAACUUCUGUUGACCUGGUGCGGGCAUCAGAGGCACACUGCCACUAUGUGGUGGUGAAGCUGUUUGCAGCAAAGCUGUCUGAGGUCACUAACGCUGCUGUCCGCGCUGUGCUGACCGACCUGUGCCUCCUCUACGCCCUGUUCGGCAUCAGCAAGAACACAGGGGAUUUCUUGCAGGCGGGUAUCUUGACCAGUGCCCAAAUCACCCAAGUGAACCAGCACGUGAAGGAGCUCCUGGCUGUGAUUCGCCCCAAUGCAGUGGCCCUGGUGGACUCCUUUGACUUCCAUGAUGUCCAUCUGGGAUCUGUGCUUGGCCGCUACGACGGCAACGUCUACGAGAACAUGUUCGAGUGGGCAAAGAAAUCCCCACUGAACAAAACACAGGUUCAUGAAUCUUUCCACAAGCACCUGAAGCCGAUGCAAGCCAAGCUGUGAAGCCUGCAGGGUUUUCAAAAUGCACUCUUGUCCUGCCCUGAAAACUGGGUGUUUGCAUCCUUCCUUCAGGCACCUGAAUCAAACCUUUCAAAUCCUGUAGCUGUAGGACAGUGAAUAAUUGUAGCCUUUCUUUUCCACUUUUGUAAAUGGAGGAGGUGUUUGGGGAGAGUGAGUAGGGACUGAUGCCUGUUUUUAAAGUGCAAUUAUAAUGGUAAAAAUUAACCUUUUAAAAAUCUGGGAAAGCUUUAUGGAUUUAUACAAGAAUUGCUUUUGUGAAGCUGCUAACUAGAGAGAAGUUCCUGUCAACUGGAGAGGGGGCAGGACUUUACUAUGAAGUAGUUGACAGCCCUCAGGCAGUAGCUUCUGAUGAGCAGUUAUGUCCUCCCCCUCCAAAAAAAGUGUCUUGAUUUUUUUUUUUUUUUUUUAAAUUAGCACCACCUCUCUCCUUGUUUGGCAAAUAUUUGUGCUGUCUGGAGCCUCCUGCAUAGCCUUGUGCAUGUGAGUCUGUGUGUGGCACUGUUUUCCUGAUGUACCUGGGAAGUAAAUUCCCAUCCUUCUCUGCUGAGCUCUGCUUCAGGAAUCUUUCCAGAAGAAAUAUUCAUGUGUCCUUUGUUUUCCAAUACAUCCUUUCACUGCCUUGCAGAACCUCCUUUUCCCUGUGUGCCACCUCCAGCACUGGCACCUUGCUCCUGGUUAAUAAGAAGUCAAAGGAGAACAUAGUGAUGCUGCUCUGAGGAUAAAAAACAACCGGUAGGAAUCAGCUGGGUGCUGAUAGCAGAUGUUCUGCCCCUUUUUUCACUGUUAGUAUUUUCUAGCACUAUCUCAAAGCACUUUACAAAUGUUACUUAUGUUUGAUUUGGUGGGAAAAAACCCCACAUGUAGUGGUAAAAACUGCAAAUUUGACCUGGAAUGAUGAAGCCAGUAUUGGAGGGCAGAAAUCGGUUGACCAAGGUCCUCGGGUCUUCAGAUUGUUCUGGGAUCUUGUCCUGGUUUUUAAAGGCAUUUGUCAAGAAAACGACAAUCCCAAAUGAAGUGUCCAGAUUUUUUUUUUUUCCUAACUGUGCAUUUCCAAGGAGCUUUCUCUGAUUUGCUUGAUUUUGUUUUUAUAUUGACUUGGGCCUUGCCAUGGUGCUUUGACUGAACAGGAAGGAUUUAUCUUGUAAGAGAACCUCCUGCUGCCCCAUGAAAUCAGCGCAGCUACAAAUAAGCAAAAUCAUUUGGGCUUUUCCACACCAAUAACUCUGUCCAGUAACCAUAAAACCAGAUAUAAGGGCAGCUUUGAGCUUAAAAUGGCAAAAAGCUUCAGCAAAAACCCAAAUCCUGCAGUUCUGAGGCAACAUCUGAGAAGAUGCUUCUCUGCAGCUUUUGGUAUCUGUUAGUCUCUAAUUUUGGAUCAGUUUUCAUGGAUGAGUUUUUUUCCUGGCACUAACAAUGAUCAGACACAAUGUUUGGCUCCACGUGCAGUGGCUGAACAGAAUGAAAUGUUUAAUUUUGAAUAAACUAAUCAAACUUGCCUGUGAGCUGCCGAGUGUUCCAGGUCCUGUGGAAGCACUGCUGUUCAGGAUUCCAGAGGACCUCUGCCUUCCAUGUGUCCAGUGGAACAGCCUGCUGACCUGGGGAGGGAGGAUGGAGGAGCAGGUUAAAAAUAUGCUAAUGAGAACAGUACUAGUUAACUAUGUACAGAUCUAAUAAAUUACAAAAAUGUGUUUUCAGA